UCAAUUGACGUGCAUUUUAUACAAUUUUAUCAACAUUCUAUGUUAAGAAUUGAAAGUAGUACAGAAAAUGUACAAAAAAGUUAUUCUGUAUUAACACCAUUUAGCUUACAAAGUGGCCGGUUUCUUUUCCUUCUCCUCUCCAUAAACUACAUCGUUUCAUAGGUCGUUAAAGCAUAACUAGAAGGUCAAAACCUUUCUCAGGCCAAGCCGCUGCCUCUCCUCAGUCACGGACCCUUUUGUUCCGACAGUCUCUUCUGUUUUAGAAAACCCUUUCAUUGUUGUUCCUUUUGGGUUGAAGAUUUCAGCGAUAUGUUGUUAACAAGUGAGAAGAGGAACAAGAAGAAUGAAGACAGGAUGGGCAAGUUACCUGAUGCUGUUCUCCUUAAAAUCAUGUCUUUCUUAAACACCAAGCAGGCAGUUCAAACCUGUGUUUUGUCCAAGAGAUGGAAGUCCCUCUGGCAAUCCCUUCCUAACCUUGACUUCAAUUUCGAUACUUUCCCUUUCCAACAGGAAAUAGAUGACGAGGACGAAGAGCGGGUAGAGAUGAAGAUGGCUUCUUUCAGCAAUUUCAUCAGCCAAGUCCUUUUCCGGCGUUGUCCCACUGACCUUGUCAAGGUUUGUGUCCAAUCCCAUAUCUAUGAUCCGCGUUGUUUUCUGGUAGACGGGUUGAUUUGUUAUGCUGUUAAACACAAUGUCCAACAACUCACAGUUCAUCCCCGCUCUGAUUACCCAUAUUUAUUUCCCGAGAGCUUCUGGACUUGUCAAUCGUUGACAGCACUCGAAUUGAAAGCUAAUGAUGUGACUCUUAGUGCCAUAGAACUACCCAAAUUACUGGCUUGUCCAGCUUUGAAGUCUUUGCAUCUUUCUGGCUUCUCUCCGGUUGGACCAAACUUUGAAAAUACGGUUUUCUCAGGUUGCCCAAAUCUUGAAACUUUGGAACUUUUUGAUAUUUUAGCGGUGGGUAGUGAAGGUUUAUGCAUUGAUGCUCUUAAGCUGACAAGCUUGGUACUUUCAUUUGCAUUAAUUGGUGACGGCAAGGUUGAGAUUUAUGCUCCCCAGCUCACAACUUUCAAGUAUUCUGGUAUUGCUCCGACAAUGUGGAGAACGGAUUCUCUUGCAAAUCUCGAUGAUGUAUAUUUUGAUAUAAAGACACCCAGAUUUAAACACAAUGAAAGAGACUAUGUUCUUUGUUUGAUCAACAUCCUUAACAAGUUUCGUCAUGCAAAAUCUCUCACAUUGUCAACGGCAGCAGUCAAGGUUCUCACCAAAUUUCCUUCCUUGGUGGAUCGAAAUCGAUUACGAUUUACUAAUUUGAAGCAUUUGAAGAUAAAAUUUGAUAAGUGGCCAUGCAAGUGGCUUGAAAUGCCUGCAUGUAUGCUGAACUGCUUUCUCAACAGCUCCACUAUAUUGAAAAUAUGCAUGGAUAGCCCAAUGGCAGUCUUUGAGAGUCCUGAGGAUAGCGAUUAACUUGGGAUUUGUAAACUCUUUCUAAAACUGAUUGUCAGUCUUUUAUAUUGGUCUUUGCUGUUUUGUUUAUGUAUGUACCUAGUUCUAAAGUUGAGGGAACUUUGGCUGUCUAUAUGCAUGAUUCACUGUCUGAAUUUCAAUUCUAUUCUAUCUCAAUCAAAGAUUCUUAAGCAAAGUUUGUUUUA